CUGUAGCUGCCUCUCUGCUUUGCAAAGAAAAGCAUUGACGUCUGAUUGCCAUGGCUGCUGUGGAUAGCUUCUCCCUCCUACUCAGAGAGAUUGGACGGUCCUGCAAUUGCUACAUGGAGACGUUGGCUUUAAUUGGAGCCCUUUAUACAGCCAAGACGUGCUUCACCGUUGUGAAUGAUACCUACACCCUGAUCAGGUUGCAUUUUAUUCCUAGGUUAGUUAGGAGGGCUGAUCUCGUCAAGCUGUAUGGAGAAUGGGCUGUUGUCACAGGUGGUACUUCGGGUAUCGGCAAGUACUACGCUAAAGAACUGGCAAGCCGCAAGGUUAACAUUAUCUUAAUUAGCCGGAACCAGGAGAAGUUGGAGGCCCUCGCCAAAGAGAUAGCCGACACCUACAAGGUUGAGACCGCUGUCGUCGUGGCAGACUUCAGCGAAGGCAGGGAGAUCUACCCUGCCAUCGAGAGAGCCUUGGCGGGCAAAGAGAUUGGCAUCUUGGUGAACAACGUUUGCGUGUUCUACACUCACCCAGACUAUUUCACCAAUCUGACCCAGGAUAAAAUUUGGGAGCUCAUCAACGUCAAUAUUGGGUCAGCCAAUAUGAUGGUGCAUAUGGUGUUGCCGGGGAUGGUGCAGAGGAAGAAGGGGGCGAUUGUGAAUGUUUCCUCCAUGUCUUGCUGCCAGCCGACCCCUCUGAUGACGGCGUAUUCAGCCUCCAAGGCUUACCUGGACCAUUUCAGCCGAGCGCUUUAUUAUGAAUACGCUCCCCAAGGCAUCUUUGUCCAGAGCUUAAUUCCGUUCUUCAUCUCCAACCUGACGACAUAUAGCAAGCAUCUCAGCAAAAAGAGUUUCUUAGUGCCUUCCGCUGAAGAGUAUGCACGUCACGCUGUGACCACUCUUGGGAUCUCCAGAAGGACCACCGGCUACUGGCUACAUACAGUCCAGUUUCUCUUGGGACAAUACCUACCAGAAUGGCUCUGGGUCUGGGGAACAUACCGAAUGAACAACUCCUUGCGCCUAGAAGCAACUUUGCAAAGACCACAUUAAGAGCGUAGCCUGGAGGAAAGCCAACGCCUGGAAGCCUGCUCUGACUGUUGAUCUGGAAACC